CUUUUAUCAUUUCAGUCAAUGUCUAAUCACAGCCACCUGAGCAAAGAAUAACAUUGUAACUGCUAUCGCAUAUGUGUUCCACCACUCCAAGUAUGCAUGGAUCUUUUGCCAAGUGGUUAUGAAAUUCAUCGGCCUCCAGCUAAUGAAGGAGAAUCAACAAAGAUUUUCACUUGGGUUCAGAUAUUGGAUUUUGGAGAUAUAAAUCAAGCAAAUAUGGAUUAUUUACUGCAUGCUUUCGUAAUCCACAUUUGGAAUGAUUCGCGUCUGUUAGUGGAUCGGUAUAGAGGAAGAGACGGACCGACGUUCCUCCAUGAAAAAUGUAGAGAUUACGUGUGGACACCUUACAUUUUUUAUGAAACAGUGAAAGAUGCCAAAUCUGAUCAGCCACAUUUGCCGACAUCAGAGUUCAAGAUUUUGCCAGAUGGAGCAAUUUUUAUAUCUACAAAAUUUAUCUUCAGAGCUUUUUGUCCAAUGUAUUUGGAGCAUUUUCCUUUUGAUACGCAAACCUGCGUUUUCAAGAUUUCAAUGUUGACAUCAAAUGCCUUGACAGAAUUGCAAUGGAUCGGAGGGCCGGACAGUCCCUACAAGCAUGACAGAACGUCUGUUGAGGUAUUGAAGGAACCUCGUCUCCUCUUGUUUUACUUCAAAGAACCGAUUAAUGAAUCUGAAAUGGAUAUAUACACCGAAGGAGAAUAUACCACUUUGAAAAUCAAGUUCUCAAUUACGCGUCAAUUGACAGGAAUCAUCCUUGCUGUAUAUAUUCCUUCAACAAUGAUCGUGGUGAUGAGUUGGGUUGGCUUCUGGUUAGGGGUGGAGCACGUUCCAGCAAGAGUGGCACUCAGCGUCACUUCACUCUUGACUCUCUGCACUCAGGUGCAGCAGUACAAGACUGAAUUACCACCAGCCAAUUAUAUGAAAGCCAUGGACAUCUGGUUGUUCAUUUGUAUAUUUAUUGUAUUCUCUACUUUAGUCGAAUUUGCUCUUAGCUAUAAUAAUCAACAAAAGCAAUGUAUUAAACAAGCUACUGAAAUGCGUUCCGCAAAUGAAGUGAAAAAAACAGAAAGCGAAAAGGUGCUCACUGCUGGUUUUUGGGCAACUAAUUCCGAAAAAAGCAGAAAAGAAGAGAGAAAAACUUCUGAAAAUUCUCCCAGCCAGAAAUCUGUUCAAGAGAAAUGGAUUUCUAAGAAUAACAGAAUUUAUUUCUCAAGUAAAACAGAUGAAAUUUGCAGAAUUUUGUUGUUCUCGUUCAUUGCAAAAUUAUGA